AUGGUCGUGCUCACUGUCCGCUCUCUGCUUGCAGUGAAGUACAUGCGCGAGGCCACCCCCUACGUGACCAAGGGCUCGCCGGUGUCCGAGAUCGGCUGGGAGACCCCGCCGCCCGAGUCCCCGCGGCUCGGGGCCGGCGCCCCGGACCCGCUGGCGUCGCAGCCGCCGUCCUUCCACCGAGACCGGAGGAGCAUCCCGCUCAGGAUGUGCUUCGUCACCCGCAGCCUGACGCUGGCCGACCCCGAGGGCAGGCAGCUUGAAAUCCACUCUCCAGAUGCUAAGCACACAGUGGUCCUCAGAGGCAAGGACUCUGCCACAGCCCAGGCCUGGUUCAGCGCCAUCCACGCCGCCGCCCGGGACCUGAUGGCCCGCGUGAUCACCGAGGCCCGGGAGCAGCUGGGCUCCACGGGCCUUGCUGGGGGCCGGGAGAUCAGGCACCUCGGCUGGCUUGCAGAAAAGGUGCCCGGGGACAGUGAGAAGCAGUGGAAGCCAGCCCUGGUUGUGCUGACUGAGAAGGACCUGCUUAUUUACGACAGCAUGCCACGGAGAAAGGAGGCCUGGCUCAGCCCGGUUCACACGUAUCCACUUCUUGCCACCAGGCUGGUCCAUUCUGGUCCAGGAAAAGGAUCACCCCAGGCUGGUGUGGAUCUGUCUUUUGCAACGCGAACUGGUACUCAGCAGGGGAUUGAAACACAUCUCUUCAGGGCCGAGGUCAGCAGGGACCUCUCACACUGGACACGGAGCAUAGUACAGGGGAGUCACAACUCGGCGGAGCUCACUGCGGAGGUCAGCACAGCUUGCACCUACAAAAACCAGGAGUGCCGGCUGACCAUACAUUAUGAGAAUGGAUUUUCGAUUACCACUGAACCACAGGAGGGGGCCUUCCCCAAGACAAUCAUACAGGCUCCUUAUGAAAAGCUGAAAAUGUCUUCAGAUGAUGGAAUCAGGAUGCUGUAUUUAGAUUUUGGAGGCAAAGAUGGAGAGCUUCAACUGGACCUGCACUCCUGCCCCAAGCCGAUUGUCUUCAUCCUUCAUUCCUUCCUGUCAGCUAAGAUCACAAGACUGGGGCUGGUGGCCUGAGCAGAGGGGCGAAUGACCUCUGAGCAGAGGCGGCUUCGGCACCCCCAGGACAGCGUCGUGUCGGACAGCAUCCGCAGUGACCGCCAGGCGCAGCACAUCAGCUUCAGACCCCGAGCCCCGAGUAGCAGCGUCCAGCUUCCCCGUCAGUUUCCGCAGCUACAAAGGGUACCCUCAGAAAACACAGCGAGGACUCUGAGUGGAACUGUUUUUUAGCGCAGUAAAAGGGUAGAGAGGUGAGGCUGAUUGGAAACACACAGCAUAGCUCUUAGAUAAUGACAAUCAAGGACUUGCUACUGAAACAGCAUGUGCGGCUCUUAACCAUACAGCUUCUAGGCAACUGGUUCACCCGCUAAGCCAGGGCUGAACAGAUGAGAAAAGGAUGUUUCCCACCUCCCCCUUCCCCACCCCAGGAGUAAGGACCCCUGGUUUUACUGUGCUCUAUUUCCUACUUCUGAGUUGACUUCACUGGUAAGGAAAGUACUCAAAUGGAAAGCCACCUUUUAUUUAAGUAUGAAACAUCUGUUACUUUUUCUUAAUGAAUUACCUUUCAGUGAUGUAGGAUGAUUCCGCAGUGUUCUUGUGAGCAUAUGAUGAGUGGGAAUUAACGCAUCAGAUACUUAGCUGUAAGCCAGUAGAUUCUGAGCCAGAGUAGACUGCUUAAAUUGCAAAGCUUUGCUGAAGAGUGGUUUGCGUGAAAGAAUUAGUUCUGGGACUACACUCAUACCAAGGCCUGCUAUUUUAGAGCCAUGACUUAGAGCUUUAUUUAUAGAAAGCAAAUUAUGGAUUUUUUAAAAAAAAGAUUGUCAUUUGAGAGAGAUAUAUAUAAUAAUUCACGGCAGGUUAACUAACUAUACCCAUUUUGUGGUUUUCAGUGGAAGUGCUGAGCAAUGUAUUGGCCCUUAUUUCUGCCUGUGCUGUAUGCAUGCAUUUUCAAGCAAGUAAUAGAGCCUUAUAUGAUUCUGUUUAAUGCUGGGUUUUACAUAGAGAGCCAGUGUUAUAACCAAACCCAUGAAUAGCACUCUCAGCUCUUUUGGAAUUCCAGGGAAAUAAUAUAAUGACCUGAUAUUUUUCUACAAGAAUAUUUUCAGACAGCAUAGUGAAGUCGCUCCGUGGUGUCCGACUCUUUGUGACCCCACGGACUGUAGCCCACUAGGCUCCUCUGUCCAUGGGA